CUCUCAACAUUCAAAAGCAUUACGAGAAUGUUACUUCUGAAAGUUCUCUGAACAUUCUGAAAAAGUAGUAAUGUUUAAAAACGCUAGUCGAACAUUCAACUAACUAACUUUGAACAAACGUCCUAUUAUUAUAUUCUGUUUGCUCAUAGACACUCUUAGCGGGGAGUGUAUAGGCUACAUUACAUAACAAUUCAAUAAUAUACUGCGUUUCAUUACGAAUAUAUGUAUGAAAAACUUUGGGGUGAAAAGGAAAGAAAAGGAAAGAAAAGCACCGCGUAAGAUGCUUCAUUUUUUAAGUCCAGCGGUGGCGCACCGCGUUUUUGAAGAUGACUGUGACAUUCGGGGCGGAGAGGAAGCUUCAAAAAAUAUUAAGAAGACAAGGAUGAUGAUGAUCAUGUAGAAAAUAUCACGUGUGGAGAAACUGGAUGUUGGUUUAAAUGCUAACAAUUUAUAGCCUCCAGCUGAAAGGGAGGGGAGAGUAAAACUUCGUGAGAAGCGGCACUCUCCCGUUUUCUUGAUCAAGCAGGAGGAACGGAUCAUGGAAGGACCCCCUCAUGUUGACAACUGAUGAAAGGUGGGCGACGAUCUACCUUACCGGGAGAGUAACUGUAGCGUUUCCUAUUCAUCAUCAUCCUCAGCAGCAGCAUCAUCAGCAUCAUUAUCGUCAGCGCGAGCGGCACGCACCUCACUUGCUCCACAAAGAUGAAUAUCCAAGUCCUGCCGGAGCACAAACUGUCCUCGGUGGCCCCGCUGAAACAGUUUAACGUGGAGAAAAAGGAAGUUGAGCUGAUCCUGGUGAAGGAGCAGAACGGGGUCCAGUACACGAACUCCUCUGUUGUGGCCUCUCCGAGCUCCGGUGAGGAUGUGGUCCGGGAGACCUGGGGCAAGAAAAUGGACUUUCUGCUCUCUGUCAUAGGCUUCGCUGUUGACCUGGCCAAUGUGUGGCGGUUCCCUUACCUGUGUUACAAAAAUGGAGGAGGUGCCUUUUUGAUCCCAUACGUUCUGUUCCUGUUCAUUGCUGGGAUGCCCCUGUUUUACAUGGAACUUGCUUUGGGUCAGUAUAACAGAGAAGGAGCAGCUACAGUUUGGAAGAUCUGCCCUAUAUUUAAAGGUGUUGGCUACACUGUGAUCAUCAUAGCUUUGUAUGUGGGCUUUUACUACAAUGUCAUCAUAGCUUGGUCAUUGUAUUACUUAUUUGCCUCAUUGACAAGUGAGCUGCCCUGGCUCAAUUGUGAUAACCCGUGGAACAGCCCCAACUGCACAGAACCACAACACAUCAAUGGCACCUUCUUGGGAAACAGAACAUCCUAUGCCAAGUACAAGAACACACCGGCUGCAGAGUUCUACGAGCGCAGAGUGCUGCACAUUCAUGAGAGUAAAGGCAUCAAUGACCUGGGUCUUCCUCGCUGGGAGCUCACCCUCUGCCUUAUUUUGGUCGUCUUCAUCCUCUGCUUCAGCCUGUGGAAGGGAGUCAAAUCCUCUGGAAAGGUGGUGUAUGUUACAGCUACUAUGCCCUACAUAGUGCUGCUGGUGUUGCUGAUUCGAGGCAUCACCCUCCCUGGUGCAAUGAAUGGAAUUAGGGCAUAUCUCCACAUUGACCUAAAGAAGCUCAAUAAUCCUCAAGUAUGGAUUGAUGCAGCUACUCAGAUUUUCUUUUCUCUAGGAGCCGGGUUUGGAGUCCUCAUUGCCUUUGCGAGCUACAAUAAAUUUGACAAUAACUGCUACAGGGAUGCUAUUCUGACCAGCUCUAUAAACUGCAUUACCAGUUUCUUCUCAGGGUUUGCCGUCUUCUCAGUACUGGGGUAUAUGGCUCAUCAGCAUCAUGUCAACAUAAAGGACGUGGCCACUGAAGGAGCUGGACUGGUAUUUAUUAUCUACCCAGAAGCAAUCUCAACUCUACCUGGAUCCACAUUCUUUGCGAUAGUGUUUUUCAUUAUGCUUCUGACUCUUGGAAUUGACAGUUCUAUGGGUGGCAUGGAGGCAGUGAUCACUGGGCUGUCAGAUGACUUCAAAAUCCUGAAGAGAAAUAGAAAAUUAUUUACAUUUGCUGUAGCAUUUGGGACAUUCCUAAUAGCCCUUCUGUGCAUCACAAAUGGAGGGAUCUUCGUGUUGACCCUGUUGGAUAGGUAUGCUGCAGGGACGUCCAUUCUAUUUGGGGUGCUGAUUGAGGCCAUUGGAGUAUCGUGGUUCUAUGGCGUGGACAGAUUUAGUGAGGACAUUGAACGCAUGAUGGGCUUCAAACCAGGGAUCUACUGGAGGCUUUGCUGGAAGUUCGUCAGUCCAGCGUUCUUACUUCUUGCGGUAAUUGCCAGCAUUGUUACCUCCGGCGACCUGAGAUAUGAUGACUAUAUUUUCCCUCGCUGGUCUAAUAUGGUGGGCUGGUCCAUAGCCUUGUCCUCCAUGCUGUUUGUACCAAUCUACGCCAUCUACAAACUGCUUAUUUUGCCAGGCACCUUCAAGGAGAGGAUAGCUUACGGCAUUACUCCAGAACAUGAACAUCACCUGGUGAAAGAGGGUAAUGUCAGGCAGUUCAAGCUCAGACAUUGGUUAUCCAUCUGAUGAAGGGGUCAGGUGGAAGUGCCAUCAAAUGCUAUUGCGUGAGAGAGAAAAGUGUCCCCUGAGAAGAGUGGAGUAGAGUGGAGUGUUGGCUUUGUGUGUUCCCCAACAAUACACACACUGUACUGUCCAGUCUGCUCCAUGAGUUCAGUGGUUGACAUUUUGGGUAAAGAAAAGAAUACCCCCCACCCCCCUAAUGUAAUCACAUUUUGUUGCUUUGCAGCCUGAAAUGAAGAUGGACACAGUUUUUGUUUUAUGCAGCUGUGUUUACUUAGUGCAACAUCUAAAAUCCAAGUAAAAUAUAUAACAAACAUGUCAAAUAAAAAACAGAAUAGAUGUAGCUUAUCACCUUCUCAAUGGCACACAAAGCCUUUCAUCUGUGAUCAGAUGUGGUCAUGUCGAUUAGCUCAGCAUGAAGAGCUUUCCUGGAGCAUUUCAGUCCUUGGUAGUGCAACGGAAGCAAUCAUCUAUGGGCACCCAUCAGAAGAUCUCCAGCAUAAAGUUGUGGACAGGCACAAGUCAAGAGAAGGAUACAAAAAAUAAAAUAAAAUAAAUUCAAAGGUUUCAUCAAUGCCUAGAAGUACGGUGAAGUCUAUUAAGAAGUGGAAUGUAUUUGGAAAAACACAGACCCUCCCUGGAUCAGGACGUCACUCCAAACUGGAUGAGAACUGGAGGAAAAGCCACUCCUCAAGACAGGCCACGUGCAGUCACAUCUGUCCAAAAUGCACGUUGAAGUUUCAGAGGCAGAUGGGACUAAAAUUUAAUUUGGCCUCAACACCAAAUGAUAUGUCUGGCAGAAAUCUAACACAACUCAGCUUCCGAAUAACAGCAUUCCUACAGUAAAGCAUGGAGGUGGUAAUAUCCUGUUAUGAGGGUGUUUCUCUACAGCAGAGACUGGAGCACUUGAAGGAAAAAUACCAUCAAAUUCUUAAGGAAAAUCUGCUACUCUCUGUCAGAAAGUUGUCAAUGGGAAGAAGGUUUACUUUCCAACAUGACAAUGACCCAAAUCACACAGCAAAACUGAGCACACAGUGGUUGAAGGAGAAAACGGUGAAUGUCUUUGCAGUCAGAGCCCA